CUUACACGUGUCGGAAUAGGAAAUCUUAAUGGUGCCCUUUUCUACAUAGUCUCUGAGCUGACGUACUCAUCCCUAUUCGGAAUUCUUACAUGCCUACCAGGGGACUACCCUCUCGUUGUACGCGAAUAUCACGAUGGAAUUUACUACGUAUUCAGUUACUACUUGGCCCGAAUAUUUUCCUACAUUCCUCUGUUCAGUCUUGACGGUUUGUUGAUGCUUUAUGUUUGUUAUUGGAUGGUUGGAUUUUCUAGCUCAGUCACACAGGUUAUUUUUGCCACGAUUAUCGCCUUUCUCGUUGAGCAGUCCUCAUCCGCAUUCGGAGUAAUGCUAGCAUGCAUCUCUCCUUCAUAUCCGAUAGCAGUCGCUUUGGCCGGUCCGCUUCUUACCUUAUUGUCACUUACUGGAGGACUUUUUGCAAAUGUUGGUACUCUUCCACCAUAUGUAUCAUGGAUACAGUAUCUUAGUUGGUUCAGAUAUGGAUUUGAAGCUUUAGCUAUCAAUCAAUGGCAGGAAGUAAAUGGUGUGAAUUCCACUGACUGGAACACUCAGCGACGAGACGAGGUGCUGUCGAUGUUCUCAUUCAGAGCUGAUCGUUUUGUGAUCGACUUGUUGCUCAUGGUGGCAUUCAUCCUCGGAUUCUAUGCCAUUGGCUAUUUCGGGCUGUCACUUCGCGUGUUCAAGUCGCGAUAG